AUGGCUGUAAGUAUUAAAGCACAAGAUCAUUAUUUAAAGGAAUUUAACAUAAUUUUUCUAAUAAGCUAUAUAUCUGCUAAUCAACAGAGAUCCGCAGUUAAAGGGGUAAAAUUUUAUAAUAAAAGUCAUCGCAGUAUUAUAAGAUUUGCCCCUUCAGAGACGAACUACUCCUUAAAAUUAUUAUAUCCUAAUAAACAUCAUGCUAAAUUGAGUGGGAAGUAA